GACGCCAAAUGGGCUCUCUGUCAGGAAGGCAAUCCUAGCGCUAAGGCGUGACGUCAUCAUUCAGCGCCGCUGGGGAAGGAAAGCCCCGCGAGCGGCGCCGGCCGGAAGGGGAGGGGUGUUUGGCUUGGUUUCCUGGCGACACAGCUCGGCGGCCAGUUGCUUCUCUGGCUGUUUUCCUUUUAUCCUUCCUGCCGCGUGAGCGAGGUCGUCAUGUCUUGGUUGCUCUCAGCAGCUAAGCUGGUUCCCGCCGUAGCAACCGCCCGCUGCCUCUCAGGAUUCAUGUCAUGUUCUCAGCGAAGGUACUCCCUCCAGCCCAUCCCACAGAGGAGAAUUCCAAACCGAUACUUAGGCCAGCCCAGCCCCUUCACACACCCACACCUCCUUAGGCCAGGAGAGGUGACGCCAGGACUAUCUCAAGUGGAAUAUGCACUUCGCAGACACAAACUAAUGUCUCUGAUUCACAAGGAAACACAAGGGCAGAGUGGGACAGACCAGACGGUGGUUCUGCUGUCCAACCCUACAUACUACAUGAGCAAUGAUAUCCCCUAUACUUUCCACCAAGACAACAAUUUCCUGUACCUGUGUGGAUUCCAAGAGCCCGAUAGCAUUCUGGUCCUUCAGAGCCUCCCUGGCAAGCAGUUACCAGCACAUAAGGCCAUGCUUUUUGUACCUCGGAGAGACCCUAGUCGAGAACUUUGGGAUGGCCCACGAUCUGGCACUGAUGGAGCAAUAGCUUUAACAGGAGUGGAUGAAGCCUAUACACUAGAAGAAUUUCAACAUCUAGUACCAAAAUUGAAAGAUGAGACAAAUAUGGUCUGGUAUGACUGGAUGAGGCCCUCUCACGCACAGCUUCACUCUGACUACAUGCAGCAUCUGACUGAGGUCAAAGCCAGGAGCAAGAAUAAGGUCCGGGCUGUCCAGCAGCUGGUACAGCGCCUCCGGCUGAUCAAAUCUCCUGCAGAAAUUGAGCGAAUGCAGAUUGCUGGGAAGCUGACAUCACAGGCUUUCAUAGAGACCAUGUUCGCCAGCAAAGCUCCUGUGGAGGAAGGCUUUCUCUAUGCUAAGUUCGAAUUUGAAUGCCGGGCCCGCGGUGCGGACAUCUUAGCCUACCCGCCUGUGGUCGCUGGAGGUAAUCGGUCCAACACUUUGCACUAUGUGAAGAAUAAUCAGCUCAUCAAGGAUGGGGAAAUGGUGCUGCUGGAUGGAGGUUGUGAGUCUUCUUGCUAUGUGAGUGACAUAACCCGGACCUGGCCUGUCAAUGGCAGAUUCACAGCACCUCAGGCAGAACUCUAUGAAGCUGUUCUAGAGAUUCAGAGAGAUUGUCUGACGCUCUGCUCCCCUGGGACAAGCUUGGAGAACAUCUACAGCUUGAUGCUGACACUGAUAGCCCAGAAGCUGAAGGAGUUGGGGAUUGUGAAGAACAUUAAGGAAAAUAAUGCCUUCAAGACUGCUCGAAAAUACUGCCCUCAUCACGUUGGCCAUUACCUCGGGAUGGAUGUCCACGACACCCCUGACAUGCCCCGUUCCCUCCCUCUACAGCCUGGUAUGGUAAUCACAGUAGAGCCAGGCAUUUAUAUUCCAGAGGAUGACAGAGAUGCCCCAGAGAAGUUUCGUGGUCUUGGUGUACGGAUUGAAGAUGAUGUAGUGGUGACUCAGGACUCACCUCUCAUCCUUUCUGCAGAUUGUCCCAAAGAAAUGAAUGACAUAGAACAGAUAUGCAGCAGGGCCUCUUGACCCUCACUGCAGCCCACGUGCAGCUCAGGUUCAAAGGGGGUGUUUGUUCGCAUCUGUGCGCAUGUCCUGAGUGUGUGUGUCUCUGUGUGCACACUUAUACACGUGUUCUGUUUGGGAGUGUGGCAACUGUAUGAAUGUAUGUAAUUGUGUGUGAUCUUUCUUUGUUGUAAGUAUCUAGAAGUCUGGAAAAUUGAAUUUUUGAACUGGAUGUUACUACAACUUCAGUAACAUUAACUCUGUACAGUUAAUGACCAAGGCAGUUUGAAUUUUUAAAUGUAAAGAAAAAUCGUGGUUACAUAUCUCCAUGCAUUCCAGUUAACACAAUUAAAUAUACAGAAACUUUUCUCCUUCUCUCCAGGUCUUUCCCUUUCUGUACUUUGGCUAAGAUCUACCUAAUGUCAUAAGAUGUUUAUGAUGCUUGUAUUUUGAGCUAACCACCAGUGUCUCUGCCUAUACUAAAAACCACCUGUCAGUGAUUGUGGGUGGCUAGUACAUACCUUCCAUAACUCCUGUCCAUUUUUUCCAGAUCCUACGUCUCUACUGGAGCCAUAUGAGCCCUUGUGGGCACUGGUGUCCUGCAGUCCCACCAUUCAGCUCUAAUCCAGAUUCUAGCAACACUAACUAUUAAAACAGUUUUGAGUUUUUCUCGCUAUUUGGCUGCCUAUGGCCUGGAAGAUGUUUAGACUCUUGAUAAGGGAAGAGAUGGAAGAGAAAGAAAAACAUAUGUGUCUUCUGUAGAUCUAGACCUCUGUCCAUCUGUUCUCAGGCUGAAGAUGAUUCCUAUCCCAGGCAUCCAUGCUUUCUUGAUAGAUUCUUAGUGCACUGACCCUUAUGGCACACCCUAGAAGCUGCCGCCCUGGGGAAAAGGUAGAUCCUCUCCUUAACCCUCUUGAAGUCAGAGGAAUGGCACCCACGUUUCAGAGAGAUGCUCCUGUUACAAUUCUGUAGUUUCCUCUAGUGCAAAAUGCAGAACUCACCAAGAGUUCACCAAGAACAUCCUGUGAUCCUUUCAUUUCUCUAUGAAAUGAGAAGCCCUGGAAGGACAGUAGGAAGGAGUCAUAUUUCCCUCAACACGGCACUGGCUGCAGUCAUACAAGAACUCAGUUUGCAGAAUGAACAGGGCUAGAGUGUCACAGGGAGCUUCUGUCCUAGAAGUAGUGUGUUCACCUCCUUUAAACCUGGAUAUGGCCCAAGAUGUACAGAACCUGCUGGUCGUUAGAGCGUAAAGUCAAGGGAUUUUAAGAAAGAAACAGGCAAGGGGAUUAACACUUGGUGUUAGAUAUUUGCCCAUCUUACCAGGAAAACCCAAGGUACACAGCCAAAAGCAGACACCCGGCAUCAUCAGGGGACAAAGAUCAUGUUAUAAAUCAGUGAUACACACGGUGUCCUGCCAGUGCUCACCCUCGAAUGCUUGGCUCUGCUAAGCAGCUGUGGGAAUGGAUGGCCACACAGCCGGAGUCUCGUCCCCGGGCCUGUCCUCCCCCCUCCCUCCAACUUCUCAGCCCUGUGCUACUUUCUAAAAGAAGGGGACUGAAAAUAAAUCCACAACUUCUCACCCUCUGGGCUUCUGUGGCCCCAACAACCCUUUCCUUGGAUUGAGUUUCCUUUGUUCAUUUACAAUACUGAAAUAAGGAAUUUCCUUUUCUGGCUAUAAAUCGUUUUCAGUAGUCUUCAACUUUCUAAGUAAAAGCCCAGUGACUUUUAUGUAUAGCGUCAUACCUGGACAUGAAACAGACUUCUGGUUAGAACCUAGUCAAGUUCUGCAGCUGUCGCGAGCCACAGAAUGGCUGUUGCAGAAUUCUUCUGGUGAUUUUUAGUCCCUGGCCCAAGUAUAUUGUCCUUUGAGUCCCAGAUUAACUUCAGUAGCUAAGCAUCGGAUCAGACUGUCAGCACCAUCAAGAGCUGGCCUAGUGUUUCUGGGCCGCCUGAUAUAUUCGGGAUUUGUUAAGCAGAUAGUGGUGCACAGUGCAAGAAUGUCACACAUUCUUAGCCACACCGCAGACAUGCCCCACAUUUCCUCCAUGUCGAAGUCUCAUACACCGGCCUCUCCGAAUGAAAACCUUAAUUCUCAGAAAUCCUUCAAAUGUUACACUAGGAUUUUUCUCCCUCAGUUGAAGAGAGAUGGUUGGGUCAUUGAUGAUGCAUACCAUCUAAAUGAAGGAAGCACUUCCAGAUAGCCUCUGCCACAUCCUUUUGUGUGUUUGUCUCAGGAACUGCUCUUUUUCUUCCUACUCAACAAACAGACUGUUUAUUUAAAACACAGGAGUAGAAAUACUGGAGUAGAAACCCUCCUCUUCCCAUAGUCCUCAUAUCCAAAUUAGGAAGGUACUCCUCAUGAGAUGACUUAAAGUUCUCUUUGUGUCUUCUUUUAAAACUUGGUUAUUUUUUCACUAAGCUUUGUAACAAGGUCAGAAAGGGAAAAAUCCUACCAUAGACAUUAUAUCUUAAUUUGAGAUAAAGAUUCAUAAAAUAAGAAAACCCAAGAUAAAGACAUUGUAACUCAUUAAAAUAGGAAAAUUGAGCUGUUAUAUUUUUCAGAGCUUAGAUAACCAACACCCUCCUUUAGCUUUCUUGAUAAUACAAAGAUUACAGAUCUGAUGCAGGAGUGCUGGCUCCCCUUCCCCCAUGUCUGUGUGAGAGAUCACAAGUAAGGCAUGGGGACUGCCCACCAGGUCAGCGGUGACCUCAGAGUCCUUUGGAACACUGUGUUUCCAAUAACCGCUACCAAUAAAACAAAGUUGGGAUCUGAGUCAGAACCUGUCUGCCACCCCUCAGUUGGCAUAUGAUCAACAAUAAUGUAGUGUGUGUGUGUGUGUGAGUGUUAGAAAAUAAGUGAGGACCCAGGGUGGUGGCAGCAUAAAGGACCCUCUUGGAAGAGGUUUUUAUGAUGUUAAUUUCUUUUUUUUUUUUUUUUUUUUUUUAAUUUUAGUUUCCUGAGGUGGGAAUCUGUCACCUAAAACUUAAGCUGAUAGGGUUAUAUUUUAAGCCUGGGAAAAUAUACUUCAAGCUGAAGUGUUU